AUGUCAUCAGAUGGUCGGGAGACGGUGGACUAUAGAACGAGUAUCAACUCGUUAUAUAUGUUAUUCUGUACAUCCCUAUUACCUUUAGUUGUGAUUGGGAUAGCAUUUUUUUAUUCUGGAUUAACUCAAAGAAGAUCAGCAAUGACUAUGUUUGCGAUUCCAUUAUUAAUAACUCCUAUGAUUAUCUUGGACUGGUACAUAUGGGGAUAUUCAUUAUGUUACGCUGCUACAUCUAAUGGAUUCAUUGGAAGUUUGAAAUAUGCAGUUUUAAGACAAAUUAAAGGUACAAUGAAACAAGAAUUUACAAAUAGAAGAGGAAAUGUAUUAGUUAUAAAUCAUUUUUUAUUUAAUAUGUUUUUUAAAAUUAUUUGUGCUGCAUUAACUUUUCCUGGUUGUAUUGCAGAAAGAGGUAGGAUUUUACCCAUGUUACUAUUUUUAUUUAUUUGGUCAGUAAUCAUUUAUAAUCCGGUAACAUAUUGGUUUUGGAGUGAUAAUGGUUGGUUAUUGAAGAUGGAUGUAUUAGAUUUUGCUGGUGGGAACUGUGUUCAUAUUGUUUCAGGUUUUACUGCCUUAGCGUAUUCUUACAUUUUGGGAAUAAGAAAUCCAAAAAUAUUAUACAAUUAUCGUAAUGCAAAUACUGGUCAUGUUAUGAUUGGGACAUUUUUAGUGCUAUGUGGAUGGUGUGGAUUUGUUGCAGGUUGUGAUUUCAAGUUUUCUUAUAAUUCGAUAUUUAUUGUAUUUAGUACAAUACUAGCGGCUAGUACAAGUGCUAUAGUGUGGACAGCAAUUGAUUAUUUAAUUGGUGGUAAAAAAUUUUCAAUGAUUUCAUUUUCGUCAGGUUGUUUGACUGGUUUAGUAGUUUUCACACCAGGUGGUGGAUAUAUUUCAUCAGAUGACGAAUUUUGGAAACCAAUUGUAUUUGGAGUGAUUGGAGCUAUUGCUAGUAACUUUGCUACAAGAUUAAAAUACUAUUUUGGAAUUGAUGAUGCCCUAGACAUUUUUGCAAUACAUGGGGUUGCUGGUAUAGUUGGUUCAUUGUUGACUGGUAUUUUUGCUAAUAAAUUAUACAACUCGAAAGGUGGUUGGGUCGUUGGUCAUUGGAAACAAUUUGGAUAUCAAUUAUUAGGUAUUGUUGUGACAAGUGCCUAUGUGUUCAUUUUAACGUGUUUUUUCCUUUAUAUCAUUGAUUUCAUACCUGGUUGUCAUUUAAGAAUUGACAAAAAUUUCAAUAGAAGGGAAAGAGAGAAGAGAAAAGCUAGAAGAGCUAGUGAGGUGGUGGAAACACAACAAGAAAAAGUAUCUGAUUCACUGGUUGAUGACGAAGCAAUGGAUCCAUACGAACAAAUGGAGUUACUAGGCUCCGAUCAUUAUGAAUUCAACAAUGAAUAUAUGAUGGAUCAUAUAGAAUUCAUAAAAGUUCUACUGCCUGAGGAUUACGACGAGUCAAUUUUGAAAGAAGAAGUAAUGCUUCUGCCAAUAGAAAACCAUUCUGGAAAUAGUUUUCAAAUACAUCACGACAAUAAUUUAACUAAACGAGAUUAG